AUGAACCAUGCUCUCCUGGCUCGCUCUCUCGCUUUCAACCUCACUGUUUCUCAUCGAACCACACAAGUCCACGUGGUCGAUCCCGUCCACGACUGCCUUGAGCUGCUAGACGACACACUUGACAUGUUGUCUCGCAUCCGUACUAAAGACGGUGACGAAGAAGAUGUUCAUACAUGGCUAAGCGCAGCACUCACGAACCAAGAGACUUGUGAGCAAAGCCUCCAAGAAAAAUCCAAGUCUUACAAACACGGAUUCACGAUGGAUUUCGUCGCAAGAAACCUCUCUGGCUUGUUGACAAACUCGCUCGAGCUGUUCGUAUCCGUGAAGUCGAAAAACCGGAGACAUUUGUCGUCGGAACAGGAGCAUUUCCCGACGUUUGUUACUUCGUCGGAGCGGAGGCUUCUAGAAGCUUCGGUGAGUGAGCUUAAACUCGACGCGGUGGUGGCUGCAGACGGAAGUGGGACCCACAAGACCGUAGGAGAAGCUUUGUUGGCUGCUUCGCUGGCGAGUAGCGGUGGCAGGACCGUAAUUCACCUGAAAGCUGGGACCUACAAUGAGAUCAUCAGGAUUCCGACGAAGCAGAAGAACGUUAUGUUAGUUGGUGACGGGAAGGGCAAAACCGUCAUUGUAGGUAGCCGGAGUAAUAGAGGCGGCUAUAGUACUUACAACACUGCCACCGUCGCUGCUAUGGGAGAGGGAUUUAUAGCGCGCGACAUAACAUUCGUGAACAGCGCCGGACCCAAAUCGGAGCAAGCGGUGGCGCUCCGGGUCGGAGCAGAUAAAUCCGUCGUGUAUCGGUGCUCCGUCGAAGGAUAUCAAGACUCGCUCUACACGCACUCGAAGCGACAGUUCUACAGAGAGACGGACAUAACCGGAACCGUCGAUUUCAUCUUCGGAAACUCCGCCGUCGUGUUCCAGUCGUGCAACAUCGUCGCCCGGAAACCAUUACCGGGUCAGAGAAACUUUGUGACGGCGCAAGGGCGGAGCCACUCGGAGCAGAACACCGGAAUCUCGAUUCAGAACUGCAGAAUCACGGCGCAGUCGAUGACUUUUCUAGGCCGGCCGUGGAAGGAGUAUUCGAGGACGGUGGUGAUGCAAUCGUUUCUCGACGGGUCGAUCCACCCGUCGGGUUGGUCUCCUUGGUCGGGUGGGUUUGGUCUCAAAACUCUGUUUUACGGGGAAUUUGGGAAUUCGGGUCCCGGGUCAUCGAUUUCGGGUCGGGUUAAAUGGGCCGGGUGUCAUUCGUCUUUAACGGUGAAGGAAGCGGAAGGGUUCACUGUCGCUAGUUUCAUUUACGGGACGAUGUGGUUGCCGUCAACGGGCGUUAGUUUCGACUCUGGCCUUGUGAAGUGA